GAUCAGAGCUUCGAUCCGCUCAAGUAUUCAGUUUCAAGUCGGCGGCCAAGCGGCAAACACAACUUUUUAUUUUUUCCCGAGACAACGAAAUUCAUCGCUGACAGAAAUAAUGAACAAUUUGGCAUUGCUGGCAACGCUUCUGGCGUGCCUCGCCAGUGGUGUUCUGGCUGGCAAAGUGGGUCCGCCGCAGCAGCACCUGCCACAGGGUCCACAGCGGCACAUGGUCUGCUACUAUGACUCGUCCAGUUUCGUCAAGGAAGGCCUCGGGAAACUGGUGAUUGAUGACCUGGAGCCCGCUCUACAAUUCUGCGAUUAUCUGAUCUAUGGCUAUGCGGGCAUUGAGCGCGAUUCGCACAAGGCCAUGAGUCUGAACCAGCAGCUGGAUUUGGAUCUGGGCAAGGGGCUUUACCGUACGGUGACACGCUUGAAGCGCAAAUAUCCCAAUCUCCGUGUGCUGCUCAGCGUUGGCGGUGACAAGGACAUUGAGACCGGCGAGGAUGCCAAGGAUUUGCCCAACAAGUAUAUGGAACUGCUCGAGAAUCCCACAGGUCGCUCCAGGUUUGUGAACACAGUGUAUUCCCUGGUGAAGACUUACGGAUUUGAUGGCCUCGACAUUGCCUGGCAGUUCCCCAAGAACAAGCCGAAGAAGGUGCACAGCGGUCUGGGCAGCUUCUGGAAGGGUUUCAAGAAGGUCUUCACCGGCGACGCCAUUGUCGACGAACGCUCCGAGGAGCACAAGGAACAAUAUACCUCACUGUUGCGUGACAUCAAGAAUGCCCUGCGUCCCGAUAAUCUACUGCUCUCCACAACGGUGCUGCCCAAUGUGAAUGCCUCACUUUUCUUUGAUGUGCCCGCUGUGAUCAACUAUCUGGACUUUGUCAAUCUGGCCGCCUUUGAUUUCUUUACGCCGCAACGCAAUCCGGAGUUGGCUGAUUACGCGGCGCCCAUCUAUGCGCUGAGCGAACGCAAUCCCGAGUUCAAUGUGGAUGCUCAGGUCACGUAUUGGUUGCGCAACCGUUGCCCGGCCAGCAAGAUCAAUGUGGGUGUGGCCUCCUAUGGCCGCCCGUGGAAACUGUCGGACGAUUCGGGUGAGACGGGUCUGCCGCCCGUGUCCCAUGUGAAGGAUGAGGCACCCGACGGCACCAAUACCCAGCAGCAUGGCAUCUACAGUUGGCCCGAGGUCUGCGCCCUGUUGCCCAAUCAGAACAAUGCCUACUCCAAGGGUGCCAAUGCCCCGCUGACUCGGGUCGUCGAUCCCGCCAAGCGUUUCGGUUCGUAUGCCUAUCGUGCGGCUGAUAAGAGUGGCGACAAUGGAAUCUGGGUGAGCUUCGAGGAUCCGGACACCGCCGCCGACAAGGCGGGCUAUGUGCGCAGCAACAAUUUGGGCGGUGUGGCUCUGUACGACUUGUCCUACGACGAUUUCCGAGGACUCUGCACCAACGAUAAAUAUCCCAUUCUGAGGGCUAUCAAAUAUCGUCUGGCCAACUAAAGUUGCACUCAAUAAUACUCAAUUGAACUCGAGUCGCGACCACUUUUUGUAAUUGUUUUCUAACACAGCAAUAAAUGUAUAAUGUAUCUUCAA